UCAUCUCCACAUCCGCCUUCCGCGCGGCGGGGCGGUGGCCUCGCGCGCUCACAGAACGACGUCUGCAUCCUCCACCCCUCCUGUCUCCGCCCACGGCGGACGCUGAUGGUCCGCGACGAGCGGACCUCCCCGCAGCAGUUGACGGGAAGCCGCCGCUCAGUCCGGUUGGAGUUUUCACGCACUCGGGGCCCAGGACCGCCGACGCUUCUAAGGUGAGGAGGAAGAGCUCGAGGCGACGCGCACGCGGCUCGUCCCGCGAGCCUUUGCGGUGACGUUCAGGACAGUUUGGAGUUUCAGGUCUCCUCAGAGGGUGCAGCAGUUGCAGUGUCAUGGGCAGCAGAAGCGAUUACAUAUCCUGUAGAGCUAACCCAAGAGCCUCGCCUGAGCUUCCAAGCAGAAAAUGACUCAGAGGAAUGGAACAAAGAGCUCGGGUGACGGCUGGCUCUACGCAGACGCUACCAAGGCCUUGGAGCUGGCCAAGGGAGCGGAGCAGCAGGAGGUGUGUGAGGCGCACGACUGCGAGUUUGAGGAGGGAGGGCGAGGGCAGAGCAGAGGCGCCGAAGCUGCGGCCGUUACCGCUCCGGAUGGAGGCUGGGGAUGGGUGGUGCUGGUUGCCACCAUCAUGGUCUUGGCCUUGACCUUGGGGUUUCCAUCCUGUGUGGGAAUCUUCUACACAGACCUGCAAAAUGAGUUCCACGCCACCAACAGCGAGACUUCCUGGGUUCCAUCCAUCAUGACAUCUGUGCUCCAUGCAGGAGGUCCCUUCUGCAGCGUGCUGGUGGAGAAAGUGGGCUGCAGGGUCACCGUCAUGUUGGGCGGAGUCCUCAGCGGGGUUGGGAUGGCGGCCAGCUCGUUCACCCGCUCCAUCGCCGAGCUUUACGUCACUGCCGGAGUCAUUACAGGACUUGGUUUUUGCUUCAGCUUCCAGCCGGCUGUGACCAUCCUGGGACACUACUUUGUCCGCCGCCGGCCCUUUGCCAACGCCAUGUCCUCCACGGGGACGGCCCUCGGCCUCUGCACUCUGCCAUUUCUGGGAAACUACCUCCACACUGAGUUCGGCUGGAGGGGAAGCUUCCUGGUUUUGGGGGCCGUCCUCCUGAACUGCUGUGUGUUUGGAGCUGUGAUGAGGCCCCUCCCACCAGCCAAGCACCGCGGACAGCCGCUGAUGAAGCGCGGGCCUCCACCACCAGACCAGGAAAAGGAGAGGACAGGAAAAGGAAGGUGCAGGAGGGUGUGGAGCUUUGUGUUGGCCUCCCUGAAAAAGCACAUGGCCUUCGACCAGCUCUGCAACAACCCUCGGUACUGUGUUUUCGCCAUAGGCAUCACCUGGAUGAUGCUGGGGUUUGUGGUCCCCCUGGUGUUUUUGGUUCCCUACGCCACCGCUCACAACAUGGAGCAGAGCCAGGCCGCGUUCCUGCUGUCCAUCCUGGGAAUUGUCAACAUCAUAGUGCGGCCGCCGUUUGCCAUCCUCUUUAACAUGCCCUGGUUUAAAGGGAGGCACAUUUACGUCUUUGCCUCGGCGCUGUUGCUCAACGGCCUCAGUAACAGCAUCUGCUGCACCGGGUCCAGCUUCCCCAUCCUGGUGACCUACGUGAUCAUGUACGGGAUCUCCAUGAGCGUGGUGGGCUCCCUCAUGUUUACCGUCCUCAUGGAUAUCGUGGAGAUGAGCCGCUUCCCCUCCGCUCUGGGUCUCCUCGCUGUUAUGGAGAGCGUCACGCUGCUGAUCGGACCGCCACUGACAGGCGUUCUCGUGGACAACACCGGCGAGUAUUCUUACGUCUUUAUUGCCUGCAGCACCAUCGUUGCCUCGUCCGCCUUGUUCCUCAUGGCGUCAUUCUUCUACCUGGACAAAAAGGAGAGGGCGGCAGCGCUGCAGCACCAGCCCUGCGCCCAGCCCGACCCCAGCCGGCCCGCCGCAGCCGACUCUUCUCCCGGCUGCCGCUACAGCAGCGUCCCCACAGAGGGGGACAGAAACAAGGGCUCCCCCAACGGGGCGGAGUACAUCACCAACGUCUGAACCUGCUCGCCGUCACCUCCCUCACAGUCGCACUUUGGGUCAGUUAGCGCGGCUAACUCGUUGGUAGGAAGACAUGUUUGCGCCGUUUGACCAAAGUUAUUUACCAAAAUGAACAAAUGUGCACUUAAAAAACAUUGUGAUUGUACCGUUUCUGCUGCUGGUCUUAUAUCACUCACAGAGAAGGCACAGAAUAAAAGAAGUGACUGCAUACGGUUGUUGAGUGAGACUGAAACAAGACCAAAACGAACAAUUUGUGGCCAAUUUGUUCAAAUGCAAUUACCAUUAAAAUCCCCCCUUUUUUUCCAGACAGUUAAUUAGUUAAGGUUUCUUCAGAAACAUGACCUCAAACCAUGAAUCUACUUAAAGCACAGCAAUAAUUUGGUCUUUUUGGAACCGUUUAUUCUCAAAGGUCUACAAGACUUUUGUUUGGUGGAGUUUUUUCCCUUGGGCUUCUUUUUAUAAAAGCAAUCCAGAGACAAGUGCAGAGCGUGAACAACUUUAUCCUGAAGAGCACAUCAUAAAUACAAUCCAGUCAGGAUUGAUCCUGUUGCAAGACUAAGAAGUCAAACUUUUAAGAAGUUUGGAUUCAUUUCAAUACAAGAAAAAUGAAUUUUUAGCUAAAUUUUAAGUGAUAAAAGAAUAACAAAAUCCAGUGUAUAAGGUUGCAGAGGAUUGUUCCUGUGGACAAUGAUGAAUUAUAAAACAAAAUAAAACAUUUAUUGAAAGCAAAGCAACAUUAUCAAACUUUUGGGUCUGAAACUAAAACCCAAUUUAAAAAUAUAUUUUUUAAAAGUUUUGUUUCUGGUUUGUUGGGUUAUAUUGUUGGUUUUGGUCUUGCAGUUUGUUCAGAAGAAAGCCUUACUGUUUUAGGAGAUCUGCUGCAAUUGGGAGAUGUUUUUUCAACUUAUUAGAGACGCAGUCGUUGUUUUAUGCACUGCACGUUGAAGUUUCCACACUUCACUCACGUCGAGCUGCCUUAGCUGCGCUGUUAAACCGUUCACUGUCGUCUAGACGCCCAAAAUGUUCAGCUGUAAAUCAGAGAUGCUUUUUCUCCACUUCUUCUCACUGGACAGCAAUAGUGCCUUUUCACAAAGCUGAUGUGUUUCUAGAAAAAGAGCCAUACGCGCAGGAUCGUAUCACUCCCUCUCAGGGUGAUUCACAGGGGAUUUUUAUAUCAGCUCUUCAGGUGUCUGCAGUAAUCCCUGCUAGAAGGUUAUCAAAGUUUGAAGACACUGAAGCUGCUUGUAUCUUAAGCUCCAAACAUGAUCGCUUCACUGUAAGCUAUGAUGGUUUAUUAAAGCCAGAAGUGACGGAAAAAAAAAAACAAUUUCAGGUGUUGGACGUGAAGUAAAGAAACAAAAGUUAACCAGCAUGUUAUUUACAUCAAAGGAUUUGCUGUAAAAUGUUAGAACUUUUCUGUUUGUGGGCCAAAAUAUAUCUUUGUUACAGAUUAUUUAUGCACUAUGAUCAGGGGGGAAAUAAAUGUUUAGAUAUUA